UUCUCUCUGAGGCUGGAGCCCCAAGGGUGCAGCCCCAGCUGUGCCCUGGGGAGCUGAAGUGGAGCUGAACUGAGCUGAGCUGAGCUGAGCUGAGCCAAGCCAAGCCAAGCCAAGUCAAGCAGGUGGGACUGGGCAGCCAGGCAGCAUGCUCCCCGGGCUACUGCUGGCCACAGUUGGGAUCCUUGUUCAAAUGCCAGUAAGAGCUUUUGAUGAAUCCUCUGGGAAAAAGAUAUUUGGUGUAAUUUAUCCACGGAAACGACAUGUUCUACAUAAGAGAGAUGUAGAGGAAGACCAGGGACCCAUAAAGCAGGAGAAGUAUGAAGACCGGGUGCAGUAUGAAAUAGAUUUGAAGGGAAAGACUGUGAUCCUUCAUUUGGAAAAAAACAAGGACCUCCUGUCCCCAGAUUAUGUGGAAGUUCGUUAUUCAUCCACGGGUGAGGCAGUCACGACAAGUCCUCAAAUCAUGGAAAAUUGCUAUUACCAGGGACAUAUACUAAAUGAAGAGAUGUCUACAGCCAGCGUGAGCACCUGCCAGGGUCUAAGGGGAUUCUUUGAACAUCAGGAACAAAGUUAUCUCAUCGAGCCACUGGGGCCAAGAGAGCAUGAAGAACAAGAACAUGCCCUGUACACAUAUGAAAGCCAGGAGCAGAACCCUCCUGAGACAUCCUGUGGAGUGGACAUGGUGGAAGAAGAAGAACCAUUUGUGGAGAGGACUUUGAGGAUAGGCAACAAUGCCAUGAAACAAGAAGACAUGAAUCAAAAGAAAUAUAUCGAAUACUAUUUGGUCCUGGACAAUAAAGUGUUCCGAAAGUAUAAUCGAAGCCCAGAGCAGAUCAGACAGAGGGUUUUUGACAUGGUCAACUUUGUCAACAUGCUGUAUAAAAAGCUCAAUGUCCAAGUGGCCUUGGUGGGGAUGGAAAUAUGGACAAAUGGAAAUAAGAUAAAAAUAAGCCCCAAUGCAAAUGUGACCCUGGAGAAUUUCUCAAAUUGGAGAGGAGAUAUUCUCCCCAAAAUGAAGCACCAUGAUAUUGCCCAAUUAAUUACGGGGAUCGACCUCACUGGACCUACUGUGGGCUUGGCAUUUAUGUCAACAAUGUGCUCUCCAUACCGUUCUGUUGGUAUCGUACAGGACCACAGUUAUGACCUCCUCCGGGUUGCAGGAACAAUGGCCCAUGAGAUGGGCCAUAAUUUUGGGAUGUACCAUGACUCCUAUGAAUGCAAGUGCCCUUCUUCCAUAUGUGUGAUGGACUGGGCACUCAGUUUUUAUAUACCCAAGGACUUCAGUUCCUGUAGUCGUGACAGCUUUGAGAAAUUCUUGAGAAGAGCAUCACCAGACUGCCUGAAGAAUGUCCCUUUACCUGAUGACAUAAUAUCUACCCCAAUCUGUGGGAAUCUGAUAGUAGAAAUAGGAGAAGAAUGUGACUGUGGAUCCUCAGAGGAAUGUACCAAUGCUUGCUGUGAUGCUGCAACAUGUAAAAUCAAGCCAAAUUUUAAGUGUGCGUUUGGAGAAUGCUGUGAGAAAUGCCAGAUUAAAAAGGCUGGAACCCUGUGUAGGCCAGUGAAAGAUGAAUGUGACCUUCCAGAAAUGUGUGAUGGCAAGUCUGGGAGCUGUCCUGAGGACAGAUUCCGAGUCAAUGGAUUUCCCUGCAAAAAUGGUCAAGGUUACUGUCUGAUGGGGAAGUGCCCAACACUGCAGGACCAGUGUGUUAGUCUUUGGGGAAAAGGGGCUCAAGCUGCUGAAAAGUCAUGCUUCAACGUAAACAAUGGUGGUUCAACUUACGGCUAUUGUCGAAAGGUGGAUGACACGUAUAUUCCCUGCAAAGCAGGGAGUUCCAUGUGUGGCAAGUUAUAUUGCUAUGGAGGAUCAGAUUUUUUGCCAUGGAAGGGAAAGAUUAUGUCUUUCCUGACCUGCAAAACAUUCUCAUCAGAAGACAACAACCAAGAAAUUUCCAUGGUGGCUAAUGGAACCAAAUGUGGAAACAACAGUGUAUGCAUUAAUGGAGAAUGUAAAGACAUUGAGAGUGCCUACAAGUCAACAAAUUGUUCCUUAAAGUGCAAAGGACAUGCGGUCUGUGACCAUGAACUUCAGUGUCAGUGUGAAGAAGGAUGGCUACCUCCCAACUGUGACAACUCCAUCGUUGUCAUCCAUUUUUCCAUUGUGAUUGGUGUACUGGUUGCAGUCUCCAUUGUAGUUCUCAUUGUCGUGAUUAUCCUCUGGCAUCAGAGCGCAGCUAAGCGGAAAAAACUGCAGAGCCAGUCCUCCCCCACCUCAGCCUCCAAACCAAGGCAAUGGACACCAAUGAGAAGACAACAGAAUGUACAAAGUACUCAUUCCCAUGAGAUGGGUCCAAUGAGUCCACCUAUGUCUACACCUCCAACAGAAAGUAAUAAACCACCACUUUCUCUACAAAUUACGAAGCCAAAUUUUCCACCAGUUCUGAUUCCUACAACUAGAUCGUCAUUUGUUCACCCAGGCACACAUCCCCAAGUGUGAAGCAUCUGACAAGGAUGGGGGGACAUUCCAGAAAUCCAGAAGAUAAGACAGGAAGCUGGAUGGGAAAAAAAGACUUCUAUUCGUUUUUCAGGACCAAGAUUCUGGCGGAUUUUAAUAGUUUAGACAUUCGGUCUUCAAGAGCAAUAAGCCCUCGUGGAACAAUGACAAGAUUGGCAUGAUGCUCCAGAAUACCACUGGUGAAGAAGUUGGGCCAAAAUAGAAGAACAUGGCUGGUCCCCUGGUCCAUGAGAGAAUGGGGAAGGGAUAAUGCUUAAUGCAAUUGAGAAUCAUAAAGAGUUUCUGAGAACAGAGAUGUUAUGUGACUUACCCAAGGAGACAGAUAGGAUGUGUCAGAAAUAAACCUUAAAUUCAGAUCUUCUUAGAUUCCAGGACAGUUCUCGAUCCAUUAUGCUGCCCUGAAUUUUAAAAUAAAAUGAAAAAAAAACAUAAAAUAUUAUCAUUAUGCUCAAUGGCACUUGGGUCAAGUGCCCCAGGAGCUUAUCAAUUGGUUAUAUAGUGACAUUUGCAAUCUGACAGAAAGCCAGUAUUUCAGAACUACUGAUGUAAAAUCUUAUGCUGUUAGAUACCACUUUUCUCCAUAGCACAAGGUGGGGAAACUCCUUGAGUUUGACUUUCUCAUUUUGGAGUGGAAGGAACUGAGGCUGGGAAAGUUUCAUAGAUUUGCACCUCCUACCUCCACCUCAAAGAACCUCAGCUCAGGUGCUACUUCAUUAAUCAGGCUUUCUCCCAACAUCUUCCUAGCCUUUUCUCACUCUGGCGAUUAAAUGUUCAUUUUUGCUAUAUACCUUGUAUUUACUUCUACAGAUGUAAGUUCCACUUAUUAGAGUAUAAACUCCCUGAGAGUAGGAAUUAUUUCAUUUUUGAUUUUAUAUUCCUAGCACCUAGCACAAUGAUUGUUUCAUAAUAGGCACUUAAUAAAGAUUUCUUGAAUUGAACUGAAUUGAAUUGAGCUGUCCAAGGUGACCCUAGGUAGCAAUAAGCAUAAUCAAGUUCAAACUAAAGACUUUUGAUGCCAAAUCUAGCCUUCUUUCCAUUAAUCCAUACUGUUUCUCAAUACCUCCAUGCACUCAAGAGUGUCAAAUCAGGGGCAGCUGAGUGCCUCAGUGGAUUGAGAACCAGGUCUGGAGAUCAGAGGUCCUAGAUUUGAAUCUGACCUCAGAUACUUCCUAGCUGUGAGACCCUGGGCAUGUCACUUAACCCCCAUUGCCUAGCCCUUCCUGCUUUUCUGCCUUAGAACCAAUGAACAGUAUUGAUUCUAACAUGGAAGGUAUGGGUUUAAAAAAAAGUAUCAGAUCAACAUUUCAUUAAAUUGGCUUUCCAUUCAAUCAGUGUGAAUUAGUGGGAUUUUACAUUAUGAUUCUGAAUUUCAGACUGAUAUUUCACAGAACAAUCAGGUUUUAUUUGGACUAAAUUUUUGUCCUUUGGAAGAGGACCAGUAACAUCAUAGCUCAUAAUUUGGAUUUAAGUGAGGCAGAGCUGCACAGUGGUCAUCCUCACUUUCUCUUUCAGAGUCAAUCAAGUCCAGGGAGAAGACAGAAAUUAGGACAAUUAGUGAUGGCCUGUGAUAUUGCGAAUGAUCCUGGUAUCUUCUAUAUUUGACCAAGCUCUUAGAGCUUCACAGUGCCUGCUUCCACUCCUCUCAUGGCCUUUGGAACAAAUAGUUUUCCUCUGUUCCUUCUGCCAGGGUGAGCCUUCAACAUGCUUGGAGUAGGAAUCUCUCCUAACAUGCCAACAUAUUUGAGGCCUGUUGGUUCCCUUCAACCUGGUUUAGUCUAUCUAAUGAGAUGGUUUUAUGGGUUUAAAUCACAAGUGGGAGUUGGGUAAAAGGUAGACCCCAACCGUAGAUGAUCAAUCCUGCAAAGGACUCACAAGCCUUCUUAGAAGAGGGCUUAAUUCUCAUUGAAAAUCCCACAUACCCCAUAUGGAGUACAGAUAUGAAAGGGUACAGGAGAGCAAGAUCUUAAUGUCCAAACAAGUCAGCUCUGUUUCAUCUUGCGCUAAACUUGGUUUCUAUGUUCUUUGUUUCUGUUAACAUUUCAAACUGCCAAAGAGUCACAUUUUUCUGUACCCGCCUCAAGUAUAAUCAUGUUCAAACAGAGAUGGGAGGAGAAGGGCAAAGGCUCUUGGUUAAUUUUUUCCUACCCACAUAAGGAAGCUGCUGUUCAGAUGAAUGGGACAGUCUGUGGGGGGAUAGAACUAGGGCCUUCUCUCCCCACCUGGGACAAAUCUGAGGCCUGUAAAUAUUGGGCUAGAUCCUUUGUAUUUGUUUUUGUUUUUGUUUUUGCUUUCAAGUGAAAGGGCUUGAGAAUGGUGGCCGUUUAUGAUAUUUGAAAAAGGCAGGAGAAUAAGCCACCAUAUAUCUAGCCAGUAAGGCCUUUGAUGUCAUUGUUAGAAGCUAGAUGGUAAAGUGCGAAGGCUUGUACAAAUCUGUCUGCUCCAGUGAGCGGAAAAAGAGAAAAAGGAGCAUCUAUCCAUCUGGAAGUUAGAUUCAUCUAUUCCAUUUAGAGGUUAACUUCAGUGAAUGCUGUGCAGAAACAACUUUAAGCCCGCUGUUCUGGGAGACCUAGGUAGUACAGGUAAGGAUGUGUUCCUCCAAACUCCAAGCAAUGGGGCGGUGUGCAUGUGGGGUGAUUAGACAGAUAUCACUUCCAUGUUACAUCUAUCCCCAUUGUGGCUUCAAAAAAUGGUGGGGGCAGCUGGGUAGCUCAGUGAAUUGAGAGCCAGGCCUAGAGAUGGGAGGUCCUAGGUUCAAAUCUGGCCCCAGACACUUCCCAGCUGUGUGACCCUGGGCAAGUCACUUGACCCCCAUUGCCUAGCCCUUACCACUCUUCUGCCUUGGAGCCAAUACACAAUAUUGACUCCAAGGCAGAAGGUGAGGGUUUAAUUAAAAAAAAAUGGUGUGUCAGUAGAAGACAUGAAAUAAGAGUUUUGGGGGAGGUUGUUAGAAGCUGCAGAUGACAGAAAAAGUUGAGAAAUUCAGAAAUACAUAAACAUGUAUAUGUGAUUGUAUAAUACCAACAUUUUAAUACCAGAAAUAUACACAAUUUCUUUGACUGUAAACACAGCAUAAAAGAAAAAGAAAAAAUUCAGACCUUCUCUGUUAGGGAGGGCCAAAAAUGUUAUGUGGAUUUUCCAGAUCCCUGCGACUCUGUGCCCCUAACCCCUGCAAGGUGGAAGGAUUACCUGUAAUUAUUUUUAUUUUUCUUCAGUCAUUUUACCCACAUCCACUCUUUGUGACCUGAUCUGGGAUUUUCCUGGCAAAGAUACUGGAGUCAGUUGCCAUUUACUCCCCAGGCUGAUUUUAUAGAUGGUGAACUGAGGUUAGAAGGGGUAAUAAAAAACUGGUUGUCCAAAAUGUAAUAGUUAAAAAUUUGGUUUGAAAAAAAUCAUGAUGGUUAAAAAAAAAGAAUUGUUGUGGUCACUCUUUAUAAAAUUUAAAAAAUAAACCAUGAAUCUGUUAGUAGCUUUAGUUGAUUUCUUUACAGCAAGGUAGAGAUAUUAAAGUGGGAAAUGUA